AUGGCAAUUUCUUCGCUUCUGUUCUUCGUCUUGUUCAUAAUAUUUGUUGACGGCCAAUGCCUCGAUCAUCAAAAAAAGCUGUUACUUGACCUCAAGAGUGAAUUAUUGUUCAAUUCUUCUAUAUCUAGAAAGUUAGUGACAUGGAAUCAUACAUAUGAUUGCUGCGAAUGGGGCGGCGUUGAAUGCGAUGGUGCUGGCCGUGUUGUCAAUUUGUGCCUCAACGGCGAGCACAUAUCCGGUGGAUUUGGUGAGUCAUCGGCCCUUUUCCGGUUGACAUACUUGUCGGAGCUACGCCUCCGAUGGAAUGACUUCACCUUAAGUGAGAUUCCUAACCAAUUCCAUCGUCUCACAAAUCUGAGACACCUUGAUUUGUCGCGAUCCGGUUUCACGGGAUCAAUCCCCUCCACGAUUUUUAACAUAACAAGCCUAGUUUAUCUAGACCUGUCAGGAAACUCCCUCACUGGUUCACUUCCUUCUUUUCGUUUGUGCAGCAAACUCGAAAGCAUAGACCUUCGUGGGAAUUUUUUAACGGGAUCGCUUUCUCACUUGGAUUUUGGAAGUCUUGCGAAUCUUUCUUCUUUAUUGUUAGACCGAAACUCAUUGAACGGUAGCAUUCCUCACCAUCUCUUUCUCCUGUCUUCACUUAGUACUCUUACUCUAUCCAACAACCAAUUUAGUGGACAAAUUGAAGAAUUUCCCAUCGUAAACGACCUUCUUUGGUUAGAUUUGAGUGAUAAUAGGAUAAGUGGUCGUCUUCCUAUCUCGUUCUUCCGGUUUCAAAACAUUUCCGUUCUCUUGCUUUCUAACAACUUGUUCAACGGCACUUUUCAACUGCAAAUGAUUCAGACUCUUUCAAAGCUUACAGAAUUUUCUCUUUCUCACAACAACUUGUCAGUUGACACAACCAACUCAACCUCAAACUCCGAUGGAUCCCCCCAGUUUGUUACGUUGCACCUAGCAUCCUGCAAUCUGUAUGAGUUUCCAUAUCUCGUAAACCAAUCCUAUUUGAAAAAUUUGGACCUCUCGAACAAUCACAUUGGAGGGGAUAUUCCUGGUUGGAUUUGGGAAUCUGAAAAGAGCUAUUUGAACCUUUCUUUUAAUCUUUUGACAGGUCUGGAAAAGCCACACUACAUCCCUGCUUCUGUUAGUUACUAUAUUAUCUUGCUCUCAAACAAUAUGCUAACUGGAGCGAUUCCAACCUUCAUCUGCAAUGCAACUUCACUUAGUGUUCUCGACUUGUCUUUCAAUAACUUGAGUGGUAGCAUACCUCCUUGUGUAAUAAAGAAAAAUCUCGUGCGUAAAGUGCUCAAUCUAAAGGGAAACAAAAUCAGUGGUGUUAUCCCAGAUCAAUUUUCCAGUGAGUGUGGCCUACAAACCUUUGAUGUUAGUAACAACAACUUAGGCGGGAAGGUUCCUAUGUCUCUCGCAAAUUGUAAGGACUUACUGGUGAUGAAUGUUGGAAACAACAACCUUGAGGGUAGUUUCCCUUGCAUGCUACCGUUGAGCUUGCGCAUCCUUCUUUUGCGCUCCAACAGAUUCCAUGGUAACUUGAGAUGUAGUAUGAGUUGGCCGGAUCUUCAAAUUCUGGAUAUAUCUUCGAAUAAUUUCAGUGGGAAUGUGAGUCUACUAAACUUCUCGAGUUUGCGAGGCAUGAUGCUACAGAGUCCUACACAUCUCAGGCUCGACCGCUCAAAGUCUAAUUUUUUAGGUGUUGAUUACUUCCGAAAUGAGGUGACAUUAACUGUUAAAGGGAUUGAGGUGAACCUUGUGAAGAUUUGGCCUGACUUCACAUCCGUUGAUUUGUCUUCCAAUCGUUUCGAAGGAGAAAUACCAGAUGCAAUUGGCAAACUUAACUCACUCUAUCUUCUCAACUUAUCCCACAAUGCUUUCACCGGGGCCAUACCAAAAUCAUUUGGCGCCUUGACAGCGCUUGGGUCGCUCGACCUCUCUGCAAACCAGCUCAGAGGAAGCAUACCGUGGGAGCUCACGAAACUCACAUUCCUUUCAAUCGUGAAUGUAUCUUACAAUGAUCUAAUAGGGAUGAUCCCAACUGGCCGUCAGUUCCAAACAUUUUCAGAAGAAAUGUUCGAAGGAAACACAGGGUUGUGUGGUUUCCCACUCGACAGAAGUUGUAACAGCCCUCAUGAACCCAUUUCAACACCGUCAGAACCGAAAGAUGAGGAGACUGAGUGGGAAUAUGUGUUUGUUGAGUUUGGUUACGUUGUGGGAUUAGGAAGCAUGGGUUGGAUACUUUUAUGCCAAAGGAGCUUCAGAGAAAGAUACUAUGAGAAGAUAGAGGAGGUUGUUGACAAGAUAUUCUACGAGAGAGGAAGGAGAAGAUGA